GGAGGGAGUGAGGGCGGAGGGCGCCGUUCGCUAUGUGACACCACCGCACCGUCUGAUAGUAUCUCUCUCUCUCUCUCUCUCUCUCCGGGAGGAUGGAGGGAGAGUGCGCUCCGCCGGAGCUGAAGGAUAUAGAGCUCAAGAUGGGCUGCAAAGUGCCCGAAAGUUUGCUCCGAGCAUUGCGGGAGGACCGGUUGGGGAGACACAGGGAGGUCCGAGAGGAGGAGGGGGCGCCCCGGGCGGACCCCCAGACCCACAGCCGCUGCAGCGCCCGAGAGAGACUGCAAACCAAGAUCUGUCUCUUGAAACUGGAGAUGGCUCAUCUGAGGGCAAUCGAUGGCAAGCUGAUGCACCAGUUACUUUCCAUCAAUGAGGGUAUUGAGUCGAUCAAAUGGCUAAUGGAGGACAAAGACACCGUGGCUAGCAGGGGCAGCAGUUUGGCUAGCAGUCUGUACAGUUUAGUCGAAAGCCAGGACACUUCACACCGAGGCAGCUGUAACAGCCUGCAAAACGGCAGCGAUGAACUUGACGGGAUAUCCGUGGGGAGUUAUCUGGACACGUUAGCAGAUGACUUACCAGACCGCUACACCCCCAAUGACUUGGAUGCUUUCUCAGAUGGUCUUGCAACAGAUGAUUCCCACAACACUGAACCCAUCAAAAAGGCCUGCAGAGACGACUCCGACGAUGGAUAUUACUGCUUCGGAUAACCUGGGUGCUACCAAGAAGAUGCAAGGCUAACUUGAAGAUAGACAUUUUGCUGAAGAUGGAGAUUUUAGCACUUUGUUAAAUUUGAUGCUUGGGGACAUUGUUCACCAAAUACAUUCCAAACGUUACACAAACAUGUUGUAAAAUGCUCCUUCAACAUUACUUUGUCAUUUCUUUCCAAAGGGUGUUUUUUUUAAAAAAAAUUAUUGUAUAGGAUUGAUCGUAUACAUACACCUAGGUUAAUUUAUUGUAAUUUUUUUAAAGAAAAGGGAAAAUGCUGUUUUCAGUUUGUCCUGUGAUGCAGAGAUGUCAAAGGAGUUUAUACUGUGUAUCUGGAGCAGGGGCAAAACAGAUUAAUAAUAAAAACCUUUAAUUGUUUAUAGAAUAAA